UGGGCUCUAGGCAAUAUCGCCGACGUGGAAGAAUCGCGGUAAGCUCUUCGCCAGGGAGCCCCGGGAAACGGUCUAAAGAUAGAAAACGGGAAACGCGGGAGAACGAUAAUAGAAACUGGUUCAAUUUACAAAUCUAGAGUUUGUCGUAAGUGAAAAGUGAAACGAUAAAUGAGUGAUAAAUGACACGUCGUAGAAAAGAUUUCGUGAAUAUGGACGAUAAGCUGUGAGGGAAAGUAAAAAUAUUGAGUGUCAAUGGACGACGAGAUAAGACUGGACCGAAUGAUGCUUCCUUGAAGAGGAUGAUCAGGAUUAAAUAGAUACGAUAGGAUAGUUCCUUAUUAUAGUUGAUCUCUUAUUCUCAUUUAUUUCUGCCUCGGUGUUAUGAGGAGCAGAAGGAAAAGAUAUCAGUUAUAACGGAGAACGUCAGGUGCUCUCGAUUGGCCCGAUAUAAACGAAGAUAGGAAGAGAGGACAGGAAUCGAUUUGAGGGAGAGAGAAAGAGAGAGAGAGAGAGAGAGAGAGAGAGAAAGAGAGAGAGUGAGUGAUAUAUAGAUACAUACAUAUAUAUAUAUAUAUAUAUAUAUAUAUAUACACAACGUGUCAGUGGGAAAAGAGAAAAGAAAAGAGAAACAAUCGUAUUGGAAGAAAUGAUCAUUCGAUGAGGACACUCGAUAUCUCGAGGAACACGCGAGAGAACGAGAGAACGAGAGUGAAAGAAAAAGAGAGAGAGAGAGAGAGAGAGAGAGAGCGAGAGAGAAAGCUUUCUCCCGCCGACACUCGACCUCCUGUCAAUAUCAUCAUCCCCCUGAUACUCGAGAGCAACCACCACUUGUACUUCCUUCACCCUCCAACUUCGCGUUCCGCCGACUCGAAAUGAACAUUCCCAAUGUGACGUAUCCUAAAUGACGUGGUUCUUUCUCAAUUGGCCUUCGCUGACUUAGUUUCAAUUCAUUCUAGAGAAGAUUGAAUUGAUUCUUGAAAUAACCAACGUGAUCAAUGAGAAUUCUGUACCAUCUCUUGUUUCCUUGUUUUUCUCUUCUAUUCGAAGAUUAGCGAUGGAAGCAGAAGAAAUUUUAGCGACGAGCCAGUGCUUCGACCGGUGUCACUAUUUCAAGCACGUGUUUGCGUGUUAAAGAGGGGCAAAAGUAGAUCUUGAUCGCGCGUGCGUGACGACGAUGAUGAAAAUGUUCCGAUAAAAUGACGAUCGUGAUUAUUAAAAAACGAUCGAUUUGUCGUCGAUGACGAAUCGAAGGAAAUUAGAAAAUUUCAAUUUUUUCAAUAUCUUAUUGGACGACAUUUCGAGUUCGACAGUUUUGCGUAUUUUUUACUGUGGACCAGCUUUAAAAAAAGAAAGAAAAAAGAAAUAUUCCCGUGUUUUUUUUUUUGGGGGGGGGAAAGAACAUUUAUGAAGGAUAAACUUGACGCUAAACGGAAUGCUUUCGAUCAAUAAACGAGACGAGAGAGACGAGCGUUCUCGAUCGAUGAUCACCGCUCGAGGAUUCUCUCGAUCGCCAUUUUGAAUCUACUCGUGAUUUAAUCCACACGAGAAAUAUCUCAUCGCAUUUUCUCGACCAAAGUGAAAUUAAAGUUAAAGUAAAGCAAAAAAAGGAAAGGACGUCGCGAGGACGUCGUAGAUAAUCAACCAAUCAAGAUGGGUUGCGAACUUAGCAAGCUGACAGCCGCGAAAUCGCGAAAUCAAAAUGAUCGCGAAGGUUCACCGCCACCUCCUCAAACUACGACGGAUCCAAGACUUCCUCUAACAGCAAAACAAAAAUUUACUGUUAUGGCUAGUUGGAGAGCCGUAGGGAGAGCCUUGGAACCUACUGGUGUCUACAUGUUCAUAAGAUUAUUCGAGGAGAAUGCAGAACUCUUAAAUCUCUUCACCAAGUUUCGGGAUUUAAAAACGAAGGAACAACAAUCGUCGAGCAUGGAAUUGGCCGAACAUGCUAGGACGGUCAUGAUGACUCUCGAUGAAGGAAUUAAGAGUUUAGACGAUAUGGAUACUUUUCUAGCAUACUUGCAUCAGGCUGGUGCAUCGCAUACUAAAAUACCGGGCUUCGAUCGACAAUAUUUUUGGAAAAUCGAGAAGCCUUUCCUAGACGCGGUGGAGCGAACAUUGGAAGAUCGUUAUUCGGAAAACGUUGAGAGUAUCUACAAGCUGACGAUCAAGUUCAUCAUCGAGACACUUAUCGAUGGCUUUGACAAAGCACAAAGCGAGAAGGCCAAGUCCUAGUCGUACUCAUCAGAUGAAAAUGCGUCCUCUCUUUUUCUCUUAACGCGCCCUUUCCUUUUCUCUCGCGCACACGAUGUACACCGGUACAUUUCGAAUAGACACGUGCGCGCACGACGCACAAGCAACACGACGGAACACAUACACACACACACACACACACAGACACGAAGUUACACACGCACACUGCAUAUGUAUACAUACGCAAUCGAGAAAAAGGCUCGCGAAACAGGAGUUACUCUCAUAUUACAUAUUUUCACGAUCGAUCGUCGGAGUUACGAUGGGAUUCUAAUUGUA